AUGGCGGAAUACUGUGUUUCUCUCAAGUCCUGCAUGGGAAAAAAAUCUAAAGCCCGGGUCGGUACUGCUGUUGCUACCCAUAAACCAUCAACCUCGGCACCGCCGCCUACUGCGGGGGGUUCGGGUAGCGAUGAGUCCCAAUAUAAAGUGGCUGUGAAGUUUGCCGAUAUACAAGGGGAUCAUAAUAGUCCUUUCUAUUCCGUGAAAAGAUUUGAAGACCUAGGACUUUCGAAGGAGAUUCUUGAGGGCAUUUAUUUCAUGAACUUUAAGAAGCCGUCAAAGAUCCAAGAGCGAGCACUUCCGCUCCUCUUAUCUGACCCCCCAAAAAUAUGA